CCCAUCCGUCAUUUCUGUAAUCGAGCGUCGAGCUGCACGAUCUGCACCUCUGCAGCAGCAGUUAUGAACGCCUCGCGCUGGUCGGGAUUCUCGGUAAACACAGCCAAACCAGCCACUGGCACUGAGCUGCUGCCCCUUCAGAUUCCCCACAGGUUGUUAUUAGCGCGUGCGGAGAAGCAGUCGGGCUGUCUAGUUGUUUAUCAAUAAUGACUCGACAUGGCCGGGGCGAAAUUUCACUCAACAUACGCGGUUUUGCGAGCGACCCUGGAAGCCGUAACCAGUUGUGAGAGCGAGACACAAAUAAUCUGAAUGAAAGUCAUAAGUGAGGUUGGGUGGCCAUGGACCCAUUCAGCCAACUUAUCCUCACCAUCUCGGUGACCAGCUUCCUCACCUUCCAAUGGCUCUUCCACAGAGUCAGCCCCUGGAUGUCCCUGCGCAUCAGCCCAGGCUUCCUUGGUCUCAGUGACAAGCAGAAGGUGGAGUGGAACUCAAGGACGGUGUCAACGUUCCACGCACUUUUGGUGGGAAUAUUUUGUCUCUACAUCUUGUUCUUUGAUGAUGCCGUCAAUGAAGAUCCAGUCUGGGGAGAUCCUACAUUGGUGAAGACUAAUGUUGCAAUCACAACAGGCUACCUCAUAUCUGAUCUGCUGCUUAUAUUUUACUAUUGGAAGGCGAUAGGCGACAAGUUUUUUGUAGUUCAUCAUCUGGCAGCAUUGUAUGCUUACUACUAUGUACUGGGCCAAGGAAUGUUGCCUUACUUUGCUAACUUCCGUCUGCUCGCAGAGUUUUCUACACCGUGUGUGAACCAGCGUUGGUUCUUUGAGGUACUAGGUUAUCCCAAGUCCUCCCGGCCCAACAUGGCAAAUGGCGUUGCCAUGGCAGUAGUCUUUUUCGUGGUCCGCAUAGCCGUCAUGCCGGUCUACUACAGUCGCAUGUAUGCGGUCUACGGCACCGAGGCCUUCUACCUGGUGCCCUGGGGUGGUCGGGUGGCCUGGAUCUGCUCCAGUAUCUGCUUGGACAUCAUGAACGUCAUGUGGAUGCAUAAGAUCGCUCGUGGCUGCUACAAGGUGCUGCGAUCUGCACGCCAGAGCAAAGCCGGAUCCCCUCAGGAGAAUGGGAAAACAGAUUAAGGGAAUCAGGGUGGUGUGAUGAAAAAAAAUAUGCUGUAACGGAGACAAAGUGGCAAUGCUGUCAGUACAACGCGAGUAGCUGGUUGGACCCUCACACAUCUGGCUCCCACGAGCUUGAUACUGCAGGACUGAAUGUAACGUGGAAAACUUUUCUUUCUGGGAAAGCAGGCACAGUCACUGAGAUGUACUGAUGGACCAUUUAAAUGGUCGUUCGUAAGCCAUGACAAUGACCUCUAAGCAAUACUUUGUGCGCAUGGCCAAUUAAUUGUGUUUUGAACAAGUCACAGAUACAAGAGGUCAUCCUGGGACAAACGGACUGUUUGCCCCACCGCAAAUUGUCAGAAAGUUUACCGUUCUUUACAUACUUAGUGCUCAAAAGAAGAGUAUGUUUCUUUUUGUAUUAAUAUUGCUGACAGUCGCAGAGUGAAUAUGGUGAAAUCAAAAGUUGGUAUGUAUGAAAAAAGAAAGGUUUUUGAACCCUCCUGCCGCCCGCUCAUAAAAACAUAUUUAGUGACUACACACUGAUGGUUAUUACCAUUAAAGCCUACCAGACAUCUUUUGAAAUAGACUUGAUAGAGACACAAGCAAAUUACAACAGUUGAAGUCAGAAAAAUAUAAAUGUGUUAUUCAGUGAAGCCGAAUGUUGUUUUUUUUUAAAAAGUCUGAACAGGCAUCAUUUCUCAGUAUAUUUAUUUUUUCUUGCUGGGGUCGAGGCAAAUGGGUUUUAAUCUGUUCAAAUAAUAGAAAAAAAGGUUAACUAUUUUUAAUGAAAGGAGACUGAUGCAAAGAGUACUUUUAGAAAGGUUCAAAGGGAAACUCAGUGUCAAUGGUUUUGUUUGAAUGGUGACUUCAAACAGCUGAUGGUUCAAAUUUUUAAAUGUUGAGGCCAAAUCGAUCCGCAAAGCCACGUAAUAUUUCACAGAAUGGGGAAAAAGAUUCAUAUUGCAUAAACAAAAAUGUGUUUUUUGACAGUUUUUUUUCUUUUUUUUGUCUGCGUUGUAUUUAUUUUACAUUGUGCAAUGCAGGUAAAGGGGUGACGCUGACCCAAUAAGCAGUGAGUAUGGAAUAAAUGUCAUAGACUAAUAAUAAUAAUAAUAAUAAUAAUAAAUCAAAAUUCCACUUAAAUGUUACAUGACAUUUGGUUGGAAAUGUGAGCGGGAUUCUUUUAUUCUGUCCACCUUGCACCAUAUUUAGUUAAUUAUCCCACUUUUUAUUUACAAUAUAUAUGUUCUUAGGCAUGAGCUGUUCAUUUUACCACUUUGCUAACAUUUGCCAAAAAGCAUUACUGCAACUUUUCCAUGAGGAACUUUGGAAUUUUUUGCUUGCAAAAUAAAAGAUUUACAUUUACAAGCAGUUAACAGUGUUUCAUCUUGUAUACAUCCUGAGUUUAAAUUUCUGAUGUUCUUUUCAGGAUUGAGAUACAAAUUGCUUCUGCCUCAUCAUAUGUAUGUAGAGUUCUGCUCAGCUGUUGAACAUGUGUUUCUCCUUCUUAAUUCUUUUGAUUGAAACAAAGAUUGUAUUUUCUUUUUAGUGGACAGCAAUAUAUACAGAAACACUUGCGGAAAUUCGUGUUUUAAUUGUCUUUACUGAUUCACAGACAAAGCUGUUUCAUGUCAGUCAUCAUGCACCAGCGAGCACACGAACAGUUUGGUUUAGAGUUUUUUUAAGAAUAAUAUGUCAUUUGUUCAAGAUUAAAGAUGAGUUCACUAUUAAUUUAUGACAUGUACUUGAAUUUUCAUUUUAGGUGUAUCUUUACUUGAGCUGUACAUCAAAAAGCUUCUGUCUGAUGUUUAGUGAUGCAGAAAUGGGGAUUGUUUUUUAAGUAUGCCUUGCUAUGCUCAGCAUUUGAUUUUGUUGCCUUUGUAGAACAUAUGAUUGCACAGUAAAUUAUUAUUACUUAUUUUGCACCCAACUCCUCACAAACGCUGAAAAGUGCGUAUUUUUAGUGAUUUACUUGUGUCUUUUCCAAGUCUGAUGCCCAUCUAAUGUGAUCAUUUAGCCUUUGUAGUUUCAAAUGUAAAACAGAGAAUUGCUGAGGCUGGUUUUUGCCGCGCUUCUUUUUUACGCUUUUAAAUAUUUCUAAACUUUC